CAUACCGGCGGAUGACCCGCCCCCACAUCGGCAGAGCUGGCCAGCGGCCCCUCAGACGGCCAUUUGUAUCACGGCGGCGGCGUAGGGACCCCCGCCCCGGGCAUGGCCGGUUGGAAGGACGGCUCGGUGCAGGACAAGCACCGGCUAGUGGUGGUAGGAGGAGGCGGGGUGGGCAAGUCCGCGCUCACCAUCCAGUUCAUUCAGUCGUACUUUGUGACAGACUAUGACCCCACUAUUGAAGAUUCCUACACCAAGCAGUGUGUGAUCGAUGACCGCGCUGCGCGAUUGGACAUCCUGGACACUGCGGGACAGGAGGAGUUUGGGGCUAUGCGGGAGCAGUACAUGAGGACGGGCGAAGGGUUUUUGCUGGUGUUCUCUGUAACGGACAGAGGAAGUUUUGAAGAGAUUUAUAAAUUCCAGAGACAGAUUCUUCGAGUAAAAGACAGAGAUGAGUUUCCCAUGAUCCUGGUGGGCAACAAAGCGGAUCUGGAGCAUCAGAGACAGGUAACGCAGGAAGAAGGACACCAGUUAGCGCGGCAGCUGAAAGUUACAUACAUGGAAGCGUCUGCGAAGAUCAGAAUGAAUGUCGAUCAGGCUUUUCAUGAACUCGUGCGAGUGGUGAGGAAGUUUCAGGAACAGGAAUGCCCCCCUUCCCCAGGGCCCACGCGGAAGGAGAAGGAUAAGAAAGGGUGCCACUGCGUCAUUUUCUAAAAGAACUGGUCAUUACUCUACUUUCGCCAUCUAAAUAAUUAGCAUCCUGUUGGAACAUUGUUGUCUAUCUCAGUACAUGUCACCAGGAUGGCCUUAAUCCUCCACGCCUCCAGAAAGGCUACUCUGCCGCUUUGCUGCUGUAGCCCCCUACCCCGGACACACGACAGCACCCUGAGACCCGGAGAUAAGCAAGUUUCCCCAUCGCCCCCCCCAACAUAUCGCCCCUCUCAACAUGUACUGUUAUAAAGUGUUUUUGUCUUUUUUUUCUAAUCAGGUUCCUCUACUGAACCCUCCAUUGGUGAUUUAUCGGUAGAGUGCCGGUCAUAGUUGGGGGGUGUCUGUGUUUUAUAAUUAUACACUGGGGGGGUUUUAAUCUAUAUAUUUGUCACACUUUUCAUACUCGCGGUUUUUAAUUUAUUUCUGUUGCACCUCUGAAACCAGGGAUGGAACUUGUGCACCUCAACAAUCCAAUUUUAAAGUUUGUUUUUUUGUUGUUGUUUUUAACGCUUUGUAGCCCUAUUUCAGUGAAUUUGAGUCGCACACGUUUUAUAAUUCUGGUGGGUUGUUGAACAGUCUUCAUCUGUGUUACUGUCUCACGGUCCUUGUCCCUUUACACGAAGCCCAAUAUGUAGCGAUCGGCCUCCUAUCCACGGACGACGUUUCUGUGACAAUACGGACGCGCGGACCGAGAUGUUCCAGCGCAGCCGGCGAGAGAAGCUCGUUGCCCAGCAACUAAGUGCCUGAGCGGAACUCUCGCAUAGGAGGAACAAACCUGAAACGUUCAUAGUACGGUCUUAUAAAUAGGCGGAGCGCGUUUUAUCAAUUGCCAAAUUCUGAUAAUAAAGAUUAUUGGUUUAAAUGCUGGAA